GACAUGGAUGCCAUGGUGCUCGCGACGCAGCAGCACCCAGAGCGCUUGCAACAGGCUUGCGUAGCCUCCGCUGCGGUUUUUUCAUGCUGCUUCUGCGCCACUUUGCUGGAAGAUGGCAGCACACGGGCCGCGGACCCCAUCCUGUCAGUGACGGGUGCAAUGACCACCUGGAUCCUUUUCCGAGCGCUGCACACGGCAGCUGCCCUGAAGCGCGCGGGCAGAGACCUAGCAUCUGAGGCAAAGGAAACUCAGAGGCUGAGAGACAAGAUGUCUCUACAAGAUGGGCCCGAGCAGGCUGAGAAACUGCGAGGGGAGCUUGAGAAGUGGAAGCGAGAAGCGGAAACGCUGAGGACGCAGGUUGAGGCCAUACAAAAGCAGGCCGCAAAUCAAGCAGCAGA